CAGAACGCGCUGCUAUCGGCCAUUUAACUGAGCCCGAUAAGAUUAUAAAAUAGACCAGAUCUUGCAAGGAUGUAGGAUAACAAUGUGUUUAUCGGCGGCAAGGUUAAUGAUAGCUAAUUGAUGUGGGACCAGUGGCGAGUGAGGAGCGGUGACAUGCGCGCGUGCGGGACCCUGUUGCUGGCGCUGCUGCUGGCAGGCAUAAAUGGAUCUGAUAUAGAGCCCCAACUUUUCGAGAAAGGAAAUUUUGUGGAAAUCACUAUAGUUACAUUUCCAAAUACGGUAUCAAAAUGCUACCUUGUAACUCCGUGGAAUACCAACAUCGAUCUACUGGCAAGUGAUACCCUUUCCGAGAAAUAUGAGUACCUUCCUAAUACGAUUUCAGCAUGUAGAGUAAGAAUAAAUGAUUUGGUUAAAAAUGACGAAGGCUUGUGGUCUCUGCAUGCUAAUAUAUCUGAAGAUGGCGAAGUGAACGAAUUAAAGGAACAAGUAUACGUAACAAUAAGAGGAAAUGACGCAUCUAAUGAAACUGUGAACUCUGAAGAAACAGUUACUUCUGAAGAAAAUUCUAAACUGUCAGCAGAAGAGGCCACCAUUUCGAAAGAAACUUCAGAAGAUAAUAAAAGUGCUUCAUCGGAAAAUUCUGAAGUAACGUCACAAGAGUCUUCAGAGGCUUCAAGUUCUGAAGAAAAAAAGGCGGUUGAAACACAAUGGCUGAGCGACUUACAAUUUAGAACGAGAACUGGGUUAGAUGUUGACAUAAAUUUUCCAAAAAUCAUGAAAUCUGAAAAAUGUAUAUUGACAAAACCAGACGGUACGACCGUAGAUGUUGAAGAAGUAAUUGCUGGAGUUACAGUACACUCCAGUAGCCACUACGUCUCGUGCAGGGUGGUGGUUGGGCCCAUGGAUGAGACGUUGCUCGGAAAAUGGACUCUAUGCGGUUACUAUGAGGAAAACGACGUAGAGCACAGACGUUGCCAAAAUGCCGAAAUCAUUUGGAGAAGUACUGCAAACCCUGGCUCUGUAUGGCAGACUACAAUCAAUCCUAGGUUUAAUCACGUGGUCAGCUUUGGCGGUACCCUGAGUCCUGCUGUUCGCGGCUCCGGCUCAGUAGUCUCCUGCCAUGUGGUGACUCCUGAUGACGAGGACUUGUUCGUGACCCGGGACAGAGAGUACCCCGACGUCAAGCUGGCGCAGGACACGGAUUCUGUCUGCAGUAUCGCUAUCGGGCCGAUAGCGGAACAGCAUUUGGCAAAUUGGACCGUCUACGGCACCUUUGAUUCCGCGUUGUGGAGCUACAAUGAAGUCCGUCAGCCUAUUAAUAUGGCUUUAUAUGAUGAAAACAACCCAUACGAUCAACCAUACAACGUAACAACACUGAACCCGACUCAGCAUGUCGUCAACCUGGGCAGUACUCUCCCUGUGGAGGUGACAGGCACAGGAGCCGUCGACGUCUGCCAGUUCACCACACCAGCCGGCCAGAUCUACCUGUCUACGGGAUCUUUGCCUGCCGGGACAGAGUUCGUGGCACUCAACAGGAUCGCCUGCAGGCUCUCCAUUGGACCUAUUACUGCAGAUAUGAUCGGAGACUGGCAGCUCAUUGGGAAGUUCAGCAACCGUAACGUGCAUACUGAGAACAGGCUCUCGUUUACGAUCGUACAAGAAGAUCCAAGCAACCCCAUAGAAGAAGAUAGAACAGUGGAAAAUCUAAACGAACAGUUCAUUGAUACCAGCAUCGGUGCCAGCCACCGAGUCGUAAUAGCUUCCGAUAUCUUCACCUCCUUCGAAAGUUGCCACAUCAGAACUCCAGAAGGACUCCAGUACACUAUCAUGGAGGGCUUUCAUAUUCCUGGAGUGGAAGUGGUGACAACAUCUAAUGUCAAUUGCGGCGUUACCAUCGAUGUCUCUGAGGAUCUCAUCGGAAAUUGGACUCUUAUUUCCCGGGAAGUGAGAAGUUCCGUGGCUAUUGAGAAGCGCCUGCCAUUCAUUAUUUACGUCGAAGAGCCUGUGGAAGCUGUAAUUAAUGAAAUAACCAUCACAGAAGGCAACUCCAUCCACGUCCGUUUAUCUAAUCCCACUGAACUCUACGACACGUGCAGGCUAACGGACCCCAAUGACGAAGAGCUUGCCUCGGUUAUUGUGGACGAGAACCACAAGGAAACCUGUGGGUUUGUGGUGCCCUCGGUCGAUGCCAACCAUGCUGGCAUCUGGAAUAUCGUUCAUGGAAAAACGAUUGUCUAUAAAGCCCCUGUGCUGGUGCAUGUUAAUGCUAGAGAAAACCUGGACACUUCACACAUCACCUUGGUGGAACACAGCUCCGUGAACGAAACAAUUGGACCCGAAGAAGCAGUGUACUGCAAGGUGAUGAGCCCGGAUGGCAACGUGGUGUUCGACCGCUUCGGGAGGUGUCAGCUGACCUUGAACCGCGUGUUGAAGGAUCAGCAUGAGGGUGGCUGGACCUUGUUGGUUGGCAUGCCAGGACGGAUCGUGACGGAGAGAUACUCGCUGCUUGUGAGCGUGACGGCGGCAGAUACAAAGCCAGAAGUCUCGUCUCACGUGUCAGUGAACAAACCAACAGUGGAGCUGACGUGUUCAGUAAAAACUUCGCAGCAGAUAACAGGCUGUUUAUUCCGUGGCCCUGCAGCUGCAGAGGUUCUCGUGGCUAACCCAGGCGUCAGUGAAGGACCCUACGUCUUCCACGUCAACCAAACCAGCACCGAGUCCGAGUACUACUACACCUGCAGUCUCCAGAUCACGGAACCUGUCACCUCAGACCUGGGCCCGUGGCGCUGUGACCUGGAGUCCGAAGAGGAGAACUAUUACGGAUUCCUUACUGUGCUUUGCCCGUGGGCACUGAAGGAUUCUGUCAUUGCUGAGUCUGUGAUGACAGUGCCCGUGCUGUCGGCGCAGGCCAGCAUGCUGUCGGUCGAGGAGCGGGAGCCGGUGACGCUGGCGUGCGCGGCGCGGGCGCCGCUCCGCUACUGCUACUUCAGGGCGCCCAACGGAACCGUCUUCAAUGUCGGCCCUGAAAUGUCAUCACCAACCAUGGAGUACGUGGGAGCCGGUUUGGACGCCGGCGAGUGCGGCGUGCGCUUCCAAAGCUUACUGCACAGCGACGCCGGUGAAUGGUCAUGCCACGCCAGCAUCGACAGGCAGGAGCAGAACCAAACCAUCUACGUGGAUAUCAAAGAAGAGAUGAGAGUAUCGAGCAAGAUCCAGUACGACUCUGUGGUAAUCGAAGGCCAAGUCGCGUGGAACCGGGAAUUGGAAUAUUGCCGUUUCGUUCGCUUUGACGGAUUUGGUUUCUCAUCAAUCGACCACGUAAAGUCACCCUAUUACCAGGACGAGAGCAGUUCUUCAAGAGGUAUCUGCAGGAUGCGCGUAGCGUCGACUCCUGAGAAUCUGCAGCCCUGGACCGUGGUAGCCAAGCUCCAAGGCAGGGAUGGAGAGAUCUCUCGACUGGCGGCACUCAGCUGGCCUGGACCUGAACCGACUCCUAGAUACUAUAACGCCAUAUUCCUGUGGCUGCCGAUCCUGACAAUCUUCAUCGGCUGCAUGCUUCUGGGCGCCGCGCCGUCCAAGAACCGCCGCUGGGCCGCCGAGCGCGCGUCGAUCUUGCGCGCGAGCAUGCGCGACAGUAUGCGCCGGUUCCCCAGCUGGCGCAAGAAACCACUCACUGACACCAGUAAUACCAGCCCUGCUGCGUGAAGUGGCUUAUGGUGAUUUCGGGUCUCCAAAAACAUAUCGACUUUCGCUAACAAAAAAUCGCUCGUUAGUAUGAAAACGCUGACAACACCCAAUGGCCUUGACGCUAGCGUACACUGUCUAUUCGUAUGGGAGUAAGUGAGAGCGCGAUGCCAUUAAAAGAGGGCGGCUAGGUACGAAA